AUGACCACCGACGCCGACCCCCCACCGCCCGUCGCGCCUCGGUCUCCGAAGCGCAUGCAGGAUGAUCUGGAUGAGUUGAUCGAGUCCGCGAGCAAGAGGUCCAGGACGGCGAGUCCGGGGGAGACUCACCAGCAGAUGCAACGGCAGGAGGAGGGGAAUGGGGUUGUGAAGGAUGAUGAUGAUGAUGCUCCGACCACGACUUCGAAUACCGAGAUAACGGGGAGCAGCGCAGAGGGCGCGAGCGAGACCCAGGACGAGAGCAAAACUCAGAAUCCUCCUCCUCCUCCUCUUCCUGUCACAGCAGAGCCUCCAGCUGCACCCGCAACGUCACAAGCAGACGACAACGACACGGCCGAAACCGAGACGAAGGCUGCGCCCAAGAGCAAAAUGUGCGGCGUGUGCCAUGAAAAAGAAGGAAAAUACAAGUGCGCGCGCUGCGCUCUGCCUUUCUGUUCAGUGCCGUGUAACAAGAUUCAUCGCGAGAACCACCCUCCAGAUCCUGAACCAGCGGCAAAACCACCUCCGCCUCCUGAUGUCGCAGCAGGACCGCCGCCCGCGACGAAGAAGGCUCGCGACCCGAGUAACCCCUUCAGCGUCCUCGAUGACUCGGACCAGCUACGCUACCUAUUCAAGCGGUAUCCGAGCCUCAGGUCACGUCUUCUCGGCAUCCUCGCCGCCACAGAGCCGCCGCCCGAGAUGCGGGGUGCUUCCGGCACAAGCCUCAACGACAUCAUGAAGGCCAAGGCCAUGGCGGCGGCGAAUCCGAAGAAGGAACAGUGGACGCACGACAUCGGCAUCCGCAACGGCAAGGAGGCGCUGCGGAAAGCGAAGAACGCGGCGGGCGAGGACGGCGAGGGCGUGCGCGAGUACAUUGAGCUCAUCAAUCACCUCGUCUCCAAGGGGGAUGGCGGCAACGACGCCGAUGCCGACGAGGCGAUCCGGAGACGGGCGGCGCAGCAGGACACUGAGCUCAUCAGACGUCUCAUGGCGGACGAUAGAGGUUGA